AUGAAAAUGGACGGACAACAAUCUACCCACGGCGAGAGCUAUGCUUAUACCAGUCCCUACUGGGCCGAGUUUUACGAUAUGUGGGUUGAAGAUAUCGUCGGUCCGACUGCACUGGCAAAAGACGAUGACUUUUUCUUCGGCUUACUCUCUCCAUUCCUCUCAAAUAACGUCUCCAUUAAGAGCCCUGUGCGAGGGGUAGACAUGGCGACUGGGACGGGACGAGUCAUCCGUGGCAUACUGCGGAAAAUGGAGUCUCUUGCACAAGAGGUGACGUCUUCUGAUCAGCAGAGCAAGAUCGAAAUCUGGGGUAUCGACCAUAGUCAAGCAAUGAUUGAUCACGCCAAAGGCCUUCUAGAGGGCAAAUUACAACCCUCGACAACUCUUGCAUGGCGUAACACCACAGCAGCGAAUUUCGUGGACGAGAAUCCCGAACUUGAGAACGCAGUAGACCUGAUCAUUUUCGCCGCAGGCAGUAUCGGCCAUUUGACAGCAGACGGGGAAAGAAAGAGGUUCUUGCAGCAAGUUGUCAAAGCACUCCGCGACACGGAUCAUUCGCAAGCACAUCGCUCUGUUGCCGCGAUUUCUAUCUUGAAAGAUGAGAAUAAUCUCGAGGAGAAGCAUACAGACCAAGCUAUCCCCGAGGAUAAAGACCGCAGCACUGAAAUGCGAAAAUCUUCCCGGCGAUGGCCACAUUUGGAGUAUCACAUGUCUCAAAUAACGCAUUCAAAGUACGAGGGAAGAUCUGUCGACUCCUUCAAUUUGACUGUCGUCAAGGCUGCUACCGGAAAAAUUGUCUCUCGGGAAAUGCACUCCUGGAGUUUGAAAUUGUUUGACUUUGACGAGUGGGAGAAGGAGUUGGGUGACUGUGGCUUGAGCAUCAGCCAGCAAAUCGAAACGAGUAGUGAAUUGGCGAGCGAGGUGUGGUACAUUUUGCACCUUGCAGAUGAGUAG